GUCUUCACCGCGACGAUAGACGAAGAGGAGAGCCAUCCAAGCUAAUAUGGCAAAUGACAAGACUCCUCUGGGACAGCUCAAGGACCUGGUGGAGCUGAAGGAUCAGCUGGAGGACAUCCAGAGGCGUAUGGAGGAUGAGAUACAGGCCGGAGUUCCUGCUGGUGGCAGUCUGCUGGCUUCCCCUUUCCUGAAGGGCUUUCUGGCCGGGUACAUAGUGGCUAGGUUCCGCUCGUCUGCACUGCUGGGCGUGGCGGUCGGAACGUGUACUGGAAUCUAUGCAGCACAAAACUACAAGAUUCCCAAUGUUGAAAACACGGUCAGGGACUACAUAAACAGUCUGAAAGGAGGACGCUAAUGAGAGAAGACAUCAGAACGGGCAUGGAUGAGAGGAGAAGCCGCUAUUAGCAACAUAUGGCAAGAGAUUUGCAUUUGGAAACUAAACUUGAUUCAUUUUGGGUGUAGUUGAGGGGUGUUUUUCUGCCCCUUACUGGUCAGAAGUCAACUAUAGCAGCACUAGCCGCUAUGCACUUUUUGCAGGACGUGUGUAUCCAUCCCUGCAGCUGUCCUUUAUAGGUCAACUUGUAACAUUUGUCUCCUAAAGUCCUGCACUAUACCUUUUAUUAUGAUAAAAAGUCACUUGUAAAGUCAUUUUUCUACAUGUAAAACUCAGUGUUUAUGAAUGACUUAUUGAUGCUAUGCAAUCUGACACUGCUAAAGAUGGAGUUCGCAAGUGCAGCAGUUUAUCAAAACAGAAUAUAUAUGCCAAAAUUGAAAUUGUUUUGAAUUUGUUGUGAAACGCACAGCACAAAAAUAUUAUCUCAUGUGCCUUGCUUGGUGUGGUGUGCAAUAGAACUCCCUCACGGGAAGAUAUUACUCAUUUUAACAUACUGGAACAUCAUUUAUAUCAUGCACUUGUUGGGAUUUAUUUUCAUUUAGACUGGAAAGCCUCAGAAAAUGUUUAGUAACUGGAACUUUUGUUGAUUUUUUUUCUGCUUUGCAUGCUUUGUUUACAAUAGAAAUAUUUUUAUAAUUUAGGUUUAUGUAGAAAGUGACAAGCUGGAUUAUGGUGCUGCAUUUCACUCUGCAUUGUUCAAUAAAUGGGUACUCUGAUUUUAAAA